AUGGGCUUAAUACACUACACGUGUGUGCAGGGUACUGAGUUUGGAGGAAAAACUGUGGGCCAUGGUACGAACUUCAUUAACACUGCACAUCUUUCAAGAGCCUGCUUAUCCCUCAAGAGAGGCAAUCCAUUUGAUCCCACUCCAGCUAAGAGAAGAAUUUUGCAAACUCCUCCCUUACAGGAAAAUGCUGAGGCUCAGAUAGGCUUCCUUCUCUGCAAGCAGUUGACCUUGUACAGCGUCACUCCUCUAUACAAGUUUUCUUAUGACCGACUGCAGGAAUAUUCUAGACAGCUGUGCUUUGUUAUUGCUGCUGAAAAACAAAAAAGGCUUGCUGUUCAUGUUGAAGGUGACCUUAAAUUUAAAGCGACAUUCUCCUUGGUCUCAGCGUUGAAAACCUCAGAAGAGGACCAGCCAGGAGUCCUCAUUCAGGUUACAGCUGAAAAUCCAGGACCCAAAGUAGUGUGGAUGGGCUGUUUCUGCUGUACUUGUGGAGGUAACGUCCUAGACAAAGCCGUGGAGGAUUUUACUUGCUUCCCUUUGUUCCUUGUAAAUGGACCAGAGAGUCUCUCAGCCAUCAUUGGAACUUGGCUGCAGCAGACGUUUGACUGUUCUUUCAGUCUGUUGACCAUCAGGCCUCUCAACCUUGCUUGGAUGGCUGCAAUGUGGACUGGGUACAAGAUGGAGCGUCACAAAGGACCAGUGGAGCUGACUUUCUCUGUUCCUGGCACUGCUCAACCUCUGAAUAUUUCCUAUGCCAUCCAUCCUGAAGAUGCAAAAGCCCUUUGGGAUUCAAUCCAUACCACUAAACAAGAAGUUCGACAAGAACAGGUGGACUUAUUCAUGGAUGGCCUUUGCUCUCACUUUUAUAGACAUUUCAAAAUCCAUCUUUCAGCCACAAGACUGGUGAAAGUCUCUACAUCUGUAGCCUCCGCCCAUUCCGAUGGGAAAAUAAAGAUUCAUCAUUCUUCAUAUCUGGUGGAAAUCCUGGCAUUGAUGACAGAACUAGCAAUUUCAAAAAUAUUGUGAUGGACUUACAUUG